AAAAAAGAGGGGGCGGGAUUCGCCGGAAUACGGGUUGCUGUAAGAUAACGUACGCUGCAGUGUAUGUGUUAGUGUUAGUGUUAGCUAGCUGCUAAAAAAAUGGGGAGUUUGGUUCAUGAGGUGAAACGUUGGGCGACAGAAGAGCUGGAUUUACCUCCUCACAACCUGCCACACGACAGCUACAUUAAAACGUUAUGUGUCGGUACAGGGGCCUCGAUUUGGAAGUAUGUCAUACAACAUGUUUACAGCGAGAGGCAGGUGCGACUCAUGAGGAUGAAUCUUCAGUGGUACAAAAUUCUACAAGAUAAAGAGUUGAAGCAGGUGGAGGGACAAAAUAAAGACACUCGGCGUGUGGAGCUGCAGAGAGAGAUCUCCAAGCUGCAGACGGAACUCAGCCACAUAGAUCAGAAAAUCAGCACCGCCGAGGAGCAGCUCGCUAGCGAAGAGCAGAGUGUGAACAGACACUGUGCUCAGUAUGAACAGAGCAGACUGAGGGAGCUGAUGCUGGACUCGUUCAGGCUGCGCUGCACCGAGGAACGAAACGCUCUCACACACCACACACAGACCAUCAGCAGCCAACAGCAGGCUUUAGACCAGCUUUCCAGGAAAGCGGAGGUGAAGGUGGUGUUUGGAGGAUCUGACGGCGGAGACAGCGGCACGGCCACAGAGCCUCUGGUUUUAAGGAACGUUCGGGAUCUCUGCAGGGAGAGAGUCGUCUUCUUCCAGUCUCUGCAGGACAGCAUGCUGAAGUCCUCUUCCUCAGAAUUCACUCCUGAACAGAGGAAUGCAGCUUAUCAGCACUGGCUUAGUGCUGUGGAGGACGUGCUGCGAUCUCAGCCGCCCAACCAGGUGCUUUCAGCCCUGCAGACUUUGGCUUCCAGACAGCAGGUGGCGCUGGAGGAGAAAACCGCAGCUUUGGAUGUGGAACGUGACGUUUCUGCUCUCGGGUUUCGGUACGAGAGCCAUCACCUGCUCGAUGUGUCCAUGGAGGAGGAGGAGGACUUGCCUCCUGUUGGCAGUCUGUUCCAGUCUGUGUGGGAGGAGGUGGAACAGUGUUACAUGCGCUUGGCGGAGGUUCGGAGCAGAUCUCGGAGGCUCCGCACUGACCUCGGUACUCUCACAAAGGAGGUCAAGCUAAGAAUUCUGGGAAAGGACAAUCUGGACAACUCCACGGCCAGGAACGUGUUGGAGUUGCAGCUGCAGGUGGUGCGACAGGCUGCGGUGAGAGACAGCACGCGAGAGCAGUGUGCACAGCUCCAGCUGGAGAACCGAGAGAAACGCGAGGCCCUGCGCAGCCUCCACACACAGUGGCAAAGCAUCAUGGACUUCAGGCAGCUUGUGGACGUUAGACAGGAACAGAUACGGAGUCUGAUCAAAGGAAACUCCACCAUGAAGACCGAACUCACGCGUGUUCACUCAGAGUCGAGGCAGUUUGUGCGCGAGAAGCUCAGCCCACGGUUUGGAGCCGUGAUCCGAUCUGCUAACGAACUCCGUAACUCCGUGUCCCAGGAGGCCAAGCUGUUUAACUCGGUGUGUCUCGCCGCUCUGGACCGAAGGAUUGUAGACGGCGAGAGAAUCCCAGCGGAUCAGCUCUCGUUGUAUCGCGUGAACUCUCCGGCUCUGCAGGACGUCCGUCAGAGCCUCUGCACGCCGAUCUACAUGGCACCGGAGCUGCUGUUCUCUCAGGCCGUGUCUCAGAGGCUGCAACUGCGUCUCCUCCGGCGCCUCCUACAGCUGCGCACAGACACACUGACAGAUGUACAGAACCGAUCAGCACAACUGCCUGCUCCUAAUCAGCAGGCCCUGCUGCAGCGUGUGAAAACGGAGGAUUCAGACCUGCUGCAUACUCUGUUGCCUCGUGUUCAGGAGCUCACACAGAGAUGCUCUAAAGGUUUGGCCUACGCGAGUCAAGUCAACGCCGCCAUCACACACUGGUGGGAGCAGCCGGCUCAGUUUGCUCUGCCAGACAUGCAGCAGGAGGGACUGGCUUUCCAGCAGUGGCUGCAGCGAUGGAAACUGGCUACAAAGGAACUUUAAUCCUCUCUAUUAUCACCGUCACUUAUAUUUCUACAGAAUAUUCACUUUUAAAUGACUUUAAAGGCUCGGUGUGUAAUUUUUAACAUGUAGGUGUUUACUACAAACGGAAAAUGACCUAGCAAGCGGCGAAGAAAGCGUCAAGCGUUCUGUUUAUU